AGCUUCUAUAGUUUCCCAAUCCAUCGGUCAAAGCUCAUUUCUUCUCUUGGGCACAGGCAUCAGCUUCAUUCUGUUCAUCGGAUUCAUGCCAAGUGGAAUGGAGCGUCUGAUUGGUCUGGUGGUGCUGUGCACAGUCCUGGCAUUGGUCCAUGGAAACUGUCAAAAGGGAGGUCUUGAUGUGGUCAUGAGCCCUGUAGGUGCCAGGCCAGUGUGUAUGGACUCAGUUGAUAAUAAGUUGUACAAGAUGGGCUCCAGAUGGCAAAACAGCCAAUGUAUGCAAUGUUCCUGCACACCUAGGGGUGUAAGCUGCUGUGAGAGCAUCAAUCCGUGUAGCUGAAGAACUGAUGGUCUUUAAGAGAGCAACUUUGGUUUCUUUGUUGGAGAAUAUCUAACCCCUAUGGAUCUCGGGAACAAGAAGGCAAUAAACUAUUAGCUGGAAGUCA